AUGGCAAUAAAUGCAUGCCUUACGAUAUAUAGGAAGUGGAAAAGGAAGGCCUACAAGUCAACAGUGGAAAAGGAAGGCAUACAUUUUGGAUUCAAUACUAAAUCUACCAGUCUCGAGUCAAUUCGCCACAAUGCCAUGGAAGUACGUAAUGAGGUAACUUUCUCCACUUUCUUAUUAAGAGACCACUUGAGAGAUAAAGAUUUGAGAUUUCCGUUAAGAGUCAACUCGGUACGAACCCGGUAA